AACGGCCUUCUGGCGGUGUUCUCAUGAUAUCGGUCACAUCUGAUUACUACCCCUUCUAUAUAUCGAUUUGUUUCAAGCCUGUGAACAAACCAAGGAAGACUCCGGAGAAGAGUCGUUUGUUCCCACCAUGGCAUACGUUGAGAGAGGUGUUAUCAAAGAUAAGAGAUCAAUAUGGCGACUGAAAACAAUCACAGACUUCUUCUGGGCCAUAAUCAAUUUGAUUCGGGCCUUUUUUGCCACGAUGUUUUCGAUGGAGAAGUCUGAAGCCUAUCGGAAAGGUUCCGGUGCCAGCAAGAAAUGGGAUGGUGGUGGUCCAGGAGGUCCAGGAAGUGGCCCAUACGGUGGUGGUCCACGUGGGCCACCCCGUGGAUUAGAUAACGUUAGAGGAAUCGAUCACAGUAAGUUUUUCCCUCAUCAUGUACUAAUCUUUCCCGUUCUGUUCUCUUUUACUGUUCUUUUCGUUAUCGACUUAAAAUAUAAAUGUUGCUUCAGGUGCAGCUCCUGCUUGUGGCUCCUGUUGUGGAGGUUAAGGAAGCAGCUUAUUCUCCACAAACGUUGACCGGGUGCACUUCCAUGAUCAGAAAAAUUGCAUAUUGUAAGAUAGGUUUUUCUUUUUUGAAUUGGCUGUGUUAAAAGAGAUUUUAUAUCUCAACCUGGAUGCUUUCCAGUAUAUGAAGACUAAUAGUUACUCAAUUGACAUGUACCUGUUAAUCUGUUAUGUGUAUUAAAGUAUCUUCCGAGUGUCUUGUUUGUUUUCAA